GAGCGCCGACAGACAAUGUUAACCUAUGUUAACAAGUGAUAAUAACAAUUGAACAUAUUUUGAUUCAAAACUAAAUAAAMAAAUUAAGCAGUUUCCAGCAUCGCUUGUAUACGCCAGUUAUUACAUUUUUCCGCGAAUGUCUUCAUAUUCUUUUCGUGGUGCAGUCAAGAAAUGGAUUCCCCGUGAGGAAGAUCAAACUGAGCCACACACCGCAACUGAUUCCCAACAGCUACAACUUAGUAAGUCUUCACAACAGCUGUACUCAGAUGCCGUCAAUGAUAAAUGGUCUGUAAAACAACUUAUGCGUCUUCUACGCCUCUACGGCGCGCAUAACUGUCUUUGGGACACGCGUCAUCCUGACAACAGGAAUCGUAAAUUUCGUAAGGCAGCGCUUAUUGAUAUUACAGCGGCUAUGGGGGAAGGUASUACUUGUGCGCAGGUUUUGCAAAAGAUCAAUGUCUUGCGUGCCACUUAUAGAUACGAGAAACGGCGCAUCAAGCAGCGCAUACGCAGAGGCAUAGGCGCCAAAACGAAACUCAAGUGGUUCGCAUUAGCCGAUUCCUUUCUGAGGAAUGUGCCUAAGUCCGAGAUGAACAAAAAGAGAGAGGACGCUGAUAGUGACUCAGAUUUGGAGGAUGCUCUGGUGUUUACUAUUGAACCGGAAGUGUUGACUUCACUGUCAGAUGAUGGGAAUUUUCAAAAUGAUGWUUUAUACAUUAAAGAGGAAUUUGACCAGUUAACAAAAAAAUCUUUCUUUGUUCAGGAUAACAUACGUUUCCCCACUGUUAGCUCUCCUGAGAACGUCAGUCCAUUACAGCRUAAAAGUGAACAAAUGUCUACAAGUGUAAAACGGAAAUGGACUACUCAUGAGUCCUUGCAAUUUAUUUUUCUGUUACGCUCCUAUCCUCUGCUUUGGCAGUUGGACAUAAACGACCCCUUGGUAAUAGAGCAACAGGCCACACAACAAGAAAAAGCGCUCGAAGAGAUUUCUCAUACUAUGCAAUUGCCAAAGCAACGCUUGCGCAGACGCUUAGAAACUUUUAUCGCCACCUACCGUCGGGAGAUGGAAGCUAUUAAACUGGAUAGCCAACACAAACCGCGUUUUACUUGGUGGCCCAUGGUACAGGAGUACUUGGAGACGCCUCAGUUGACGAAAAUUAAUAUCAGCGAAAAUAUGGAGGAGGWUAACAAGCAGAAACUGAAUGAAAUGGCCCCAUUAGACUCUUUCGCACUUGAUGGCAAUACUGAUCAACCAAACAACGCCUUAUAUUUGAGUGCACCAUCAUCCCCGACCGUAUCACAAAUUUUUUCACCAGCUUCGCCAGCAAACAAUGAGGAUAGCAUUGGCAACAACGACACUUAUACCGCGGAGCGCCAAAAUUUUAGCAAUCCACCCUUGAAACUCAUUUGGAAUGGUCUCGAAGACGACUUGCUCGAGGGUAAAUGGUCGCUUAAGYACUCAGUGAAGUUUUUACGUCUCUAUGGUGCCCAUCGCUGUCUGUGGGAUCUCAAUGACCCUGACUACCGCUCGCGUGAAAUGCGCGCGGCUGCUAUCGAGGAUAUUGCCGCGGCUAUGGGUUAUGGCCUGGACGCUGAUUAUGUGGCAAAGAAAAUAAAAAUCUUUCGCAUAACAUAUAUGCAGCAUCGGAAGCGCAUGCUUGAGGCCAUUAAGCAGAAUAGAGCGCCGGACGUGCAGCUGCGUUGGUUUCCUCUGGCUGAUAGCUUUUUGCGUCCCCACAUAGGCUUGCGCUCAAUCAAAGAGCAAGAGCGCGAAAUGCCGCAAUUCGAUUUUCAAUAUGUUUAUGCGAAUCUAAAUUUAAUAGACCCCAGUCUGCUGGCGGAUCUCAAGUGAAGCUGGAACUGGGGAAUAAUCGAAAUAAAAACUAUUGUCUUUUAA